UUUUUGUUAAUUAAUGGACGAUCGCCAGCUGUUGCGAGUGGAACUUUCUCUCGAGGGUCCCUGCUCGCAUCACCUUCGCGAUAUUACGUCGAUUAAGUUUACGUAAGAGCCGAAUUAGAGACGGAUGCGAGUGCUGGAGCCGCCGACCGAGCGCACAGCCCGUGGCCGAACCGUCCGACCGAAAUAAUCGUCCCAUCAUUUUCGAGCCCUUAAAAAGAAAGUCGUGUCUGCAAAUGGCACGAGUCUCCGCUACUUUUCACAUUUGAAAGAACGGACCUGCAAUUCCCAGGAUGGCGGAAAAUAAGCUGCAGUUCUUGGGCAACAGGGAGCACGAGCUCAAAAUCGGACAGUCCUUCUACAGCAAGGGCAACUCAGGCGCUGCCUUCCACUCCAUUAAAUAUGACUUCAAGCCAGCAAGUGUGGAUGUGCAGAAGAUGGCCAAGGUCGAGGUGGGCUCUACCAACAACAUUACCGUGACUGUGCCGAAUGUGGAGGGCGCCACUGUGGGACAAACGGUCUUCCGUGGCAAUCAGAAGCCGUACCAGAAAGAGUGCGUCCUCAUCAUUGACCACAACACGGGCGAAAUCACCCUCGAGAGGCUCAACAGCAACAUCCAAGUCAAAAAGACUAGGUGCGAAGGGCCGUCCAAGCUGGGAGUGCCUCGUUCGGACACGCCUGAGGCGCCGUCGAAGCGUCUGUCGCCGCAGUCCAAGCUGUCUCCCCACCACUCUUCAGCACCGACGCCCCCGUAUGGUUCUUCCAAACCGUACUGCUCGCCCUGCGUACCGCGACACUCGCCGCUGCACGCAUCACCCCCUCUGCCGUGCCGCAGUCCCCUUGCCAACCCCCAGACGUCACCCAACUACCCCAAUGCGCCCACCCCUGUUGCAGGAGCCGCCGCCUCCGCCACCCUCUCUUCCCCCAGCUUACCAAUCAUUGGCCUCGAUGACGGUCCGCCAGACGAGUUCCCUGUUACAGAGGAGGCAAACGAGGUUGGACUCUUGUCCCUGUCGGACACGUCAAGUGACAGCAGUAGCGACAGUGCCUCCAGUGACAGCGAACCCGAAACGGCUCCACCACAACGACCAAAAACUCAACAGAUCAAUGGUCACACGAAUGGUCGAGCUUCACCUGCCGUUGCGCCUGUCCUGUCCAUGCCUGACCAUCUACUGAACGACGAUCUCCAACUCUCCGAGUCUGGGUCUGACAGCGAUUAAUCACGCUACUCAUCCAUUCCAAGGCCUCUCUCUCAUGUCUAAUUAUACUUGUAUUUGUUACUGCCGGCUUAAUUGCUGUUGUUGUGAAAAAUCAGGUGAUGUCGAGGAUAUUUUUGUAUUAGGUUCGCUUCAGAGCUUAAGCCAAUUGUAGAAGCAAUCACGAAUUGGCUCUAAUCAGUCGCCUUUCAAGAUAAAUUAAUCAAGAUUCAAUCAAUCGCAUCUCAUCUAACCUUUUGUUAUUGUAUAAUAUGAGCUAAGAGGCAUCUAGUACGGAUGAUGAAGGUAUGUUUUGUCUUUGUUGACAAAUCUUUUCAGCCUUUUGCGGCAGAAUUGUAAUAAUAAAAAAUGCAAAGUUUAAAGCA